GUUUAUUCCGUUUUACAUAAAAUAUUGGAAUUCGAAACUAAAUAAACAAAGCAGGUGGUAGCAUUGCCAAGUGACGGAUCCAAACAAUUCUGUAAAAAUUGAGGUCGAUUGAAAUAUGGCUUCUUGACAUUGGAUUUUGAACUGGAUGAUUCAAUAUGGCAAGUACUGAACUUGAUGAUUUUGAAAAGGAGUUGAACUCUUAUAUUGAAAGUGAAGAAAAAAAUAAGAAACAGAAAGAGAAUCAAAACACGAUGGAAAAGGACAAAGAUGUGUCUAAGGAUGACAAAACAGAGAAAGUGACUGCACGAGAGCAGAGUGAUAAUGAAGAUUCAGAAGUAGAUGACUAUAAUUUGACUGAGGAUCAGAAAAGAGCACUGGAGGAACUGGAUAAUCUCAAAACUGAAUUAGGCUGUUUGCCUGAUGAAGAUCCACCAGAGUAUGAUGUCACUGAGCGACUCAAAGUUUUAAAUGAAGAACUCAAAAAUGAUCCUACUCCAGUUGAAAAACAAAAUGAAUCAAAAGUAGGAUUUAAAUCAGAUCUUAUUGAUCUUGUGGCUCCCCCACCUGACUUUAGUGAUGAUGAAGGGGAAGAUAAAAAACAAAAUAGUCCAAAAUCAACUAAAACCUCAACACCUAAAAAACAAACUGACGAUAAAGUUGAUGACAAUUCAGAAACCAUUUCUAGCAGCAAAAAAUCAAAUUCAGGCAAAAAAGACGAAGUGUUGAUAGAGAUUGAUGGACAAUUUAAAUUAGUGAGCGCAGACGAUGUAAGGGCCAAAGAUUUAGGAUAUAUAUUAGACCAGGAUACAAAUAAAGAAAAUGAAAAGAAACAGAAUGAGAAAAAUAAAGCAAAGCUUCAGCCAGCACCUCCUGGGAAGCCUAGACCUUCGACAGCAACUUCUAGUUCUCGUCGUAACGUCAGAUCUGCUCCUGCUAAACAGAGACCGCAGUCUGCUCAUGGGCCGACAAACCAUGGAUCAUCAUCUUACUGUGACAAUUAUAAUUCCCCUUAUGCUCUGUCACCAAGAGAAAAACAGUUGAUGGAAGAUAGGAAAAAAGCCCUUGAAAAACAAAAGCAAGACAGUGAAAGGCGAAGACGACAAGAGGAAGAAAACAAAGAAAAGGAAAACCAGGAGGCGUUUGAAUACUGGUUAAAGAAGAAACGAGAAAAUGACAGAAGACGAAAAAUACAAGAAGAAGAAGAUCGCAAAAAGAAUGCGAAAGAAGAUAGGCAAAGAAUCCAAGAUUUUGAGCAAAACAAGGCUUUUGCAACCUAUGACAUUCUCUACUAUAAGAACGAUUCUGAAUCCGAUGAGAAGGAAGAGAAUGAGGAAGCAUUCAAAGCAUGGUUACAGGAGAAACAAGGACAGUUCAAAGAAGGAGAACAAAUAAACAUAAGAUAUGUAUGUUGUGACAAAUCUUUUUUUAGGUGGCUGAAACAUAAAGCAAUAGAAGCGCGUAAGGCGAGGUCAGCUGAGCGUAACAAGGCUAAACUACAGCGGCUAGCUGCACGGAGGUCUCGCAAGUCUAUCUCAUUGUCUAAGUCAAUACGGGAGGCACAGUCAUUUAGAUAUGUAGAUUACUAUGGAUACAGGUUCUAAUAUGUGUUACUAUAGUAACAGAAACACUAAACAGAGAGGGCAGCUUGCCAUAUUCAUGCACCCACCAAUGUACCUGCUAAUGCUUUCGGGAGUAGGAUUGAGUUAUUGGAUUGUGAUGGAUUUUGAUUCCAGCACUGGAGAAUAAGAGUUCAAAAGUAAUUCUUGUCAGAUAUUUAGUCUCAUUCCUAAUGGCUGUGGGACAGAAUUGUAUUCUCUUUUUUUCCAUUCCAAAAUGUUUGUUAAUAUAUAUUAUUGUACAUUUAAAGUUUAGGUAAGAAACAAAUAUCUGUGAUAAAUUGUUCAAGGAUCUUAAUUCUAAUACGGACUUGAUUUACAAGUAUACAUUUUGUUUCAAGUAUGUUUAUGUUUUUAUUUCAAGGACAUGGAAAUUUUUAUCAACUGACAAAGUUAUAUUUUAUAUAUAAUGUUUCGUUUAUUAGCAGGUUUUAACAUAAGGUGGUAAAGUAGAUGUAUCUUUAGUCAUGUUUCUUAUAUUGGAUGUUAAGAAGUAAAACAUUGUAUCUACCAUUGUUUAUAGUCAUAAAAACAUAAAAUUAUUGUUUCAUCAUCAGGGCGUUUGUGGCCGAGUGGUUAAGGUUGUUGACUUCAAACCACUAGCCCCUCACCGCUUUGGGUUCGAAUCCCACCAGGGACUUUGAAUUCUUUUUGUCUGAGGAAGCUAUCCAGGUAGCUUACAGAACGUCGGUAGUUCUACUUGGGUGCCCAUUGGUGCCUGAAAUAAUGCACAGAAGGGCACCUGAAGUCUUCCUCCACCAGUUUUAUCAUACUGUAAAACUAUACACAGAAAUUCAGGAUAAUGUUUUGUCAAUGUACAUUGUUUGGAAUUUCCCUUAUGAAUUUGCCAAUUUCUUUUUCAUAUGUUUAUAAUUUUGAUCCUAUCUUUAAGAUAUUUAAUGUGAAAUAUUCAACAUUUCUUCAUAAAAUAUUUUUAACAUUUUUUUUUUGUUGCCCUCACAUGGAUUUUGAAUAAAGCAAUAAAAAAUGGAGACUAAAUUUUAUACUCACUUGCACAUCUGUCGAUUGUUUCACUACCAUUCACACAGCUGAUAGUGUGUUAGUUGUAAUGAAAUGAAAGCAAUUGAAUUUCAAACUUAAUAUGUCUAAAAAUGUUUGCAAUGUUAUCUUGUCGGUCUCCUUUUUCAUGAUUUGAUAAAAGUUUAACAAUGGUAUUUAAAAAUUUGAUAAUUUUUCAUAUCAAACCAAUGAAAGCUAAAUAUAAAUACACUGUAAGAAUAUCUGAUGCAGACAUAGACCCUAUAAAUGUCACUACGCAAACAAUAGUGUAAGUGUGACUUAUAUUUGACAAACAUGUUUCUAGUGUAACUUUCCCAAAGAAUUGUAAAACUUACAUGUUUAAUGCAUUCCAAUUUUGUUAGAUAUUGAUAAGAUUUUUUCAUAAGAGUAACAAAUGACAGUAUGUUAAUUAAAUGAACAGAAUUAUCCGAAAAUUAGUUAGAGGUUCAUUUAUUGCUUCAUUAAGGUUUUAUAUUCACAAUAUUCUCUUCCAUUUUAUUUCCAUAUUUUGCAUACUUUGGAAUUGAUGAACAGUGUUUGUAGAUUUUUGAGGUUUCAUAGUUGCAUGUUUCAGUGAAGUUUUAAUCAAAGUUAAGUUCCAAAUUCCAUAUCAAAAGCAGAUUUUUCAAAGUUUAGAUGAAACAUUUUUUUUGUGUGUAAAAUUGCUUAUGUUUAAAGUUUGAUAUUGGGUGUUUUAAGUAGAGUAUAAUGUCAUCAGUACAGUUCAAUAUUUGUAAAAAAAAAAUAUAUAAUCAUUUAAACCUAUGCAAUGUAUUCCGUCCUUGAGAAGUAUUUAUUUUCUUUUGCUAUGCAGAUGAUUGAUUUGAUACUUUGUUUACAUAGGCAUAAAAAUUCCAACUUUCAGUGAUAAAAAAUGGCAUUGUAAAAUUUCAUUCUUUGAAGUUCAAGUCAUUAUGUUAAGGUACAUAUAAUUUCCGGACUAAUAGUUGUGUCUGUUUGUUAUGCCACAAUAUCUUUUUAUGUCAGGGAGUUUGAAAUAAUUAUGUUGUGUCUUACUGUGUUUUUGGUAUGGUAGGUGUUUCUUGUAGAUACUUUUGCUAUAUUUCAUAAAGGUCUUGACACUUUCUUUACAUUUUAUUUUGAAUACAUAGUAAAACUUAACUGUAUACUGCAGAAUUGAAGAUAUACAAACAUAUCUGUGGUGGUUAGAAUUGCUAUUUAGUAUAGAAAGUCUCAGGUCUUUUUUUCCAUGGUAAAGCUAGCUAGUACAUUGUACUUCUUUCUAUUACGUAAUAAAUUUUGUUGUGCAUUAAUCAGACAAAUAGCUAAGCAGAACAUAUCAGUAGGGAUAUUCUAUUUUGUGCGGAGCUGUAUCAAACUUUAACUAUUUGUUGGAUGCACAAUUUAUUUGAUUGUCUGAUCUCCAUCAUAGAUCUUAUUCAUUGUAUUUUAACAGUGGUAUUUAGCACCUAAAUUUUCCUAAAAAUAAAAGAUUGAUCAAAUUUUGAAAUCAAACCUGUGUCUUAUAAGAAAUGCGUUUAAUAUGUGAGUUAAUUCAGAAAUAUUUUUGUAUGAUAAAAUUUGUUAAUUUAUGGCAUAUUUAAACGUAAUAACUUAAUAUUGGGUAAAAAAACAUGACAUUUAGGGUAUGAUGUUUAAUUAUGUUGAUUGGAAGGAUAUUAUAUACAUGUAGUAUAUUUGAAAAAAAAGCAUUCCAUAUAAACAAAUCAAAAUAGUUUUGUUUCUUGGCAUUAUUUAUUUAUAUACAUGCAUGUGAUAAAUGUUUGUGUUUUAUUUUAUUUAGAUUUAUGGCACACUAUAAUGACAAUUUUAUCUUGUGCUUGUAAAUAUAAAUGUCUGUUUAGUGAAAAUGACAUGCUUAGUAUUUUUGUCAUAAAUCUGAUAAAAUUCAUAUACUACUCGGUGUCUAUUCUCCUGAAAAUAAUUUUACUAAUUCUGUAACAAACAGAUUGAUAGUGAAUUAUUCAUUUUCACAUAACUAUCAACUCUUCUAUAGGAAAUGAAUGUUACAUGAAAGUUAUGUUUACGAGGGAUAUUUGUAUGUUAAGCCAUCUCCUGCCACCUGUAUCUGUGAUAUAUGUAUGCUAUAUACACAUUUAUGUUAUAUAUACAAAUCCCCUGAUUUCUACAAAUACAUACCUUAGACACCUACAUACACAUGUUAACACAUAGCAGAAUUUGUCAUUGUACACUUACUUACCUUGCUCCAAUAUUAAUGUAUUUAACAAGUUUUCCAGUUCAUUCAACUAUAAUUUCUUAAAACAAAACCCUGUAUAUUGCAAUCAUUGACAUUGACUUUAUAUGAUGUCUUCUUACCUAGCAUUUUUCAUACCAAAAUCCCUUGCAUACAAAAUGGGCUGUUCCAAAAUAUAAAUAAGUAAAACUCCAUUACACAAGUCAGUGGAGUAAAUCAAUUUUGAGAUGGUUUAAUCAAGAAGUAUAUUUUAAUGUUUUGUCUUAAAGAAAAUAUGAAAAAUAAAUAUUUUUAGAGAAUUAAAGACACACAUUUGCGAAAAUAUUUGUUUAGUCUUCAACUUGAUAUUCAGAAGUAUCAUUUAUUCCAGUUUUCCGAUUAAAUGAAUAUGUUCUUAUAGGUCUGAUUGUUUUUGAUUAUUCUAUAUCAUAUAUGUAUAUUAUGCUAAUAUUAUUUCAAUUUUAUUGAUAGUUCAUGUUUUCAUAUUUUAACAUAACAUAGUUGUUUAGAGAUUUGAGAAUUUUACAACAAAAUCAUGUACACUAUUUGUUGCUCUGACCAUAUUUAAUGUAUGUUCUCUUAUUAAAAUGUGCCAAUUAAAACGUAGAUCUUAAUAA